AUGGGUAGAAGCCGUUCUUUCCACGAAUCAUAUUAUUAUACUAAAGAAACUGUAAAUCAAUUACCAACAAAAAGAUUAUGGCUUUCCUACUCUCCUUCUUCUGACCGCAUAUAUUGUUAUUCUUGCAAGUUAUUCGGAUUUACUAAAGCCAAAAAAUCAGUCAUGGCCAAUGGAUCAAAUGAUUGGACAAAUCUCAAUAGAAAUAUAAAAAAUCAUGAAUGCAGCACUGAACAUUUAGAAUCUGAAGUUAGUCGGGGAUUGUACCAAAAAAAUUAUAGAGUUGAUUUGCAUAUAAUGGAAAAUGCAAAUAGAAAUGUUGCUGAGAAUCGAGAAGUUCUUCGUGUCAUCAUUGAAAUUAUAAUAUUUACUGCACGUCAGAAUAUAGCCCUUAGAGGACAUGAUGAAAAGUUAACUUCAAACAAUAGAGGUAAUUUUUUAGAAUUAGUAGAGCUUCUUAGUCAUCAUAAUGCUGUUUUAAAAAUACACUUAGAUAAAUUAAAAAACAAAAAAAUUAAUAGACUUACUUUUUUAUCACAAAUAAGUCAAAAUAAAAUUCUUAAAAUUUUGGGAGAAUUAGUAAGAUGCUCAAUUUUAACUAGAAUUAAAAAAGCUGGAUUGUUAUCAGUCAUUAUUGAUACAACCACUGAUGUCGCAAAUAUUGAACAGUUUUCAUUUAUUAUAAGAUUUGUUAAUAUACAUGGUGCGAUUGAAGAAAGGCUUGUAGCAUUAGAGGCUGCAGCUGAUGGGACUGGAAAAGGAUUGUAUGAAAAGUUUUGUGAAAUAACAGAGAAACAUAACAUUGAUUGGAAGAAAAACUUAUGUGCGCAGGCGUACGAUGGUGCUGCUGCAAUGCAAGGAACUUAUUCAGGGUUACGUACAUUUAUUCAACGCGAAAACUCAAAGGCGAUAUAUGUAUGGUGCUUUGCACACUUAUUGAAUCUAGUUGUGGUUGAUACCUGUGACUCUUGUAGUGACACAAAACAUUUUUUUGGUCACUUGCAAUCAGUGAUUGAAUUCAUGAGGGCUAGGAAAAGAACUGCUGUGUUUAUUGAAUGUCAACGUGAUUUAUAUCCAGAAGAACGGAUUUGUCGUAUGAAAAGUUUUUCUAAUACGAGAUGGACAUCUCACGAUCGUGUAAUUAAUGUUGUAUACAAACGAUUUAAAGCAUUAUUAAAAUCAUUAAUUAUUUUGGAAUCAUUCAAUGAUAGAGUAACGUCUUCAAAUGCUAGUAUAUUUAAAAAUAUUUGUUCAACAUUUAGUUUUGUUGUAACAUUAAUUUUUAUGAAAAAAGUUUUUUCGGUCACUACACCACUAUCCAACUAUUUACAGUCAAAAUCACUGGACUUUAUUGAGGCAUUAAGACUUGUGAAUAACGCAAAAGAAAAUUUACUAUUAAUGCGCUCUGACAUCAAAUAUGAACAAAUUAUAAAUGAAGCCAAACAAUUUUGUGAAGAACAUGAUCUGCCUGAAAAGGACUUUAAAACUAUUAGAUCGAAAAAACGGAAGAGGCAAAUUGAUGAAGAUGAAAAUACAAAUGAAGUAAAUUUAAAUUCACCAUUUGAAAAAUAUAAAAUAAACACAUAUUUUAUGGCUUUGGAUAAAAUAACAACAUCAUUUAUAUCACGAUUCAGUGGGGCUCAAAAUAUUUUAAAAGACUUAGCUUUACUGUCACCUGAGCGUCUAAUUGAAUUUGGAAAAGAUCCCGAGCAAGAGUUACCAAACAAUUGCUUUAAUUAUGUUGCAGAAUGGAUAGAUGGUAUAUCAUUAGAAAAUUUAAAAAAUGAAUACAAAGUGUUUAGUACUAGUGUAGUAUCUUUGCAUGAUGGAAAUAAAUUUCCGGCCAAUCUUCACAACACAAGCAUUAUUGAUGAAACAACAUCAGAAUUAAACCAAGAAACCUUACAAACCAGUGAAUCAGAAAUUGACCAUGAAGAAAGCGAAGCAAUAUGUUACAACAAUACUAUUACUGUAUCCAGUAUUUUACAUGUUUUAACAAGUUUUGAUUUGGUAUCUGCGUUCCCAAACUUAUAUCUGGCUUACAAGGCAUUAGGAACAGUACCAACAUCUUCAGCGUCAGCCGAACGAAGCUUUUCUAAGGUAAAAUUAGUAAAGACGAGACUACGCUCAACAAUGGGUGAAGAACGACUUGAAAGUCUCAUUCUUUUAAGUUGUGAAAAGGAUAUAGAUAUAAAUAUUGAAGAAGCAAUAAACAGAUUUGGUUGUUCUUCGGAUUUAUUAAAAUCACACCUUAUGUUUAAAUAA